UAAGAUGAGAGAUCGAGAGAAGUCAACCUCGUAUUGCUCGAUGGUGUUAUAAGUGCAGCUGCUAGUACAUGUGUACAAUUCAUGAACUUUAUUUUGGUGCAGAAAAAUUGGUUAUAAACCGCCGAAAUGGAGCUACUUUCCGAUCAAGGGUUCCGAGUUGAUGGUCGUCGUCCUCAUGAAUUACGAAAAAUCCAAUGUCGCAUGGGUGUAUUCAGGCAAGCUGAUGGAUCCGCUUAUAUUGAACAGGGCAAUACGAAAGCUCUGGCUACAGUUUAUGGACCGCAUGAGGUGACAGGAAACCGUUCCAGAGCCCAUCAUGAUCGCGUUAAUAUUAACUGCCAGUACAGCAUGGCAACCUUUAGCACUGGUGAGAGAAAGAAGAGACCCAUGGGGGAUCGGAAAUCACAAGAAAUGUCUCUGAAUUUACAGAGGACGUUUGAAGCAGCGAUUAUGACCCACUUGUAUCCACGCUCGCAGAUUGAUAUUUAUGUUCAGAUUUUGCAGGCAGAUGGAGGGAACUACUGUGCAUGUGUUAAUGCUGCUACAUUAGCAAUCAUUGAUGCCGGCAUACCCAUGAGGGAUUACAUUUGCGCAUGUUCAGCAGGUUUCAUCAGUGACACCCCCCUCGUUGAUAUCAGCUAUUUGGAGGAAUCUCUCGGGGGUCCUGAGAUGAUCUUAGCCGUCCUGCCCAAGUCAGAACAGAUUGCCUUAUUUCAGUCCAACUCUCGUCUACAUGUUGAUAACCUCUCCCAGGUGUUGGACAUGGCAAUGAAGGGAUGCAAGGAUGUGUAUACAGUACUGGAUGGAGCAGUGAGAGACCAUGUUAGUGAAGUUACUGACAGUAUGGAUAGGAGUUGAAUCUAUCAUCUUGAUUUGGAGUUGGUUGAACAAAGACAAACUGACUGGAGCAGGAUUCGGAACACCGGAUUAACGCGCCGGUGCUCUACCAACUGAACUAAGUAGCCCUACAUGUACAUGUAUGCUGGGGAUUUUCCCUCUUUGUCGAUAUCUUUGGUUCUCUAUCAACAUCAUCACAGAAUUGUUUACUUUGGAGUAUGGUUUGAGGAUGCUCUUAUCAUGUCAGUACCACAGUGAAGUUUAUUCUCAGAGAAGUUCAUCAAAAACAUACAGAACUUGGUUGCAAAAUUACUUCUUUCAAUUUUGAGAGGAAGGGGCAGGAUCCUUCCCAUGCACAAGCUUGCGCACCGAGCAGAUAGCGCGAAUUGCAUGCAGAUAAGCGCAAAUAUCAGCUGAUAAGGCAAAACAUAAAAUUUGUAUAUUUUACUAAAAACAAUUCAUGUAUAAACACGCGAGUAGAAAACAUUCUAAAAACCUUGUUUUAAUUCAGCUUGCUUUAAUCAAACUUCCAAAAAUGUUUGACCACAAUGACCCCCAGUUCUGACAAAUCCUGGGAGAACCUCAGCUUACUGCAUUUCUACACUUUGAUGGACAAAUUUGGGGGUAUUUUGUUUGUUACUACACAAAAGUUUAUCAAUCAAAGCAGAAAAUGAAAACUUGAAUUUGUUAGUACUGUGUAUUCUGUGUGUAUUCUACCUAAGAUGAGGUUCUGAUCAAGGUUUCUCCUUCAUCCAUCUAUAGAACAUCAUCGGAUUUUGAUAAACAGAGUACAGCAGUGACCCACAAUGAAAUGACAAACCCAAAGUAACAUCGACUUGUUGAAAUGCUGUUUUAUUCUCAAAAUCAGUUUUAUUUGAGAGAUUUUAUAACUUUAGUUUUAGGGUCAAAUGAUAGCCUUGCUCAAGGCAGUCGAAUUAUUCACUCCGAAAUAAGACCGCCGUUUUAUAAAAACCCACCCGUAUACACUGCAACCACAUCGCACGACACGAUGUGAAUAAUGGGACUCCCUUGAGCAAGGCUAGUCAAAUGAAUGAGAACACCCUAGUGAGAACAUAAUUAUUGUGACGACAUUGGUCUUUAUUCCGCUAUAGUUAAUGGCCAGAUUCCUUCCAUAUCAUCCAACAUACACCACUUUGUGGUAACUCAAUACAUACAUUGUACACAUGAAUUGUUGGACUUGGUUAAGAUUAUGAAUGAAUUGCCUAUUCAACUUGUAUGUAAUGUAGGCCUUGUGUCCAAUAACCAUCAAUGUCGGAAAAUUUGUGAACAGAAUUUUGGACUUGAAACAAAUUCUCCUUAUGGAUUCACAAGAAUUCCUUUGCGCCAUAAGACUAGCUCCAGCUGUACUAUAACCCAAUACUUCUCAAAUAACUGCAAAUCCCAAAUCACACACUUGCUUUUAUAAAAUCAUAAAUCUCUGAAAGAAAUCAUGGAAAUUAUGGCAAAAAACAACUUCAUUUGACGACUUUUCAAGUCCAACAGCAUGGGCGAGUCACUUUUAAAACAAGUUCCAGAAAGCCAUUUUUGUUUCUUUCACAUUACCAGCACUAUACUUGGGAGAACUAAAGGUUGCCCAAGUUUUCUUUCUGAACAAAGACAAAUGCAGGGUCCAAUUAUACACUGGAUCACUGUUAACUUUUGACUUUUGACCUGUACAUGUACAUCCUGUACCAAGCAGUGUAGACCAAUUGUCGCAAUAGAUGGAUUGCAAUAAUAGAUGAUUUUUUUUUUUGAAUUGUGCACGCGUGAAGAGCUGCCACUGCCUAAAAGUCAUGCGCGGCUCGUACACGCCAGCGUGUA